CAAAACUUUUGGCCAGUCAGUAGCUGUUGUUGCGCAGCCCGUACCCUCUGCUGUCGUCACGAAUCGAACCGACUGAAGGGUACAAGGAGGGUGCUGACGGGGCUCUUUCCAAUACAAACAAAGCGGAGAGAUCAGGUGCACUCAAAAGUGGAAGUGAUUAGAUAAUUUCAUCCUUGGCUAUCUGUUGUGUCCUGGAACGCAACAUUAUCCGGGCUUCCAGAAGUGCAACAUGGUUCUGCUUCGGCACAUAUCCAUCGCCCUAACUGCAGCGGUGGCUGCAUUCGGGUCCGCGCUGUUUAUCGCCUUAAAUUAUUUAUACAGAAGGCGAAUAUGGUCUCCCGAAGCGGAAUAUUACAUGAUCAAAGAGGAGGAGGAUGGACAGCGCCAGGUGCUAGUCCUUGGCCUAGAAGGAGCUGGGAAGAGCAGUAUGCUUCAGGGGCUGACAGCCACAGACGGAGACAAGAGAGGGCACUGCCGUCCCACCAGGGGCUUCAACUUUAUAAGCCUCAGUGCCCCUGCCCGUCAGCUGGAUUUCCUAGAAAUUGGAGGGGGUGAGGAUUUGCGUAUGUACUGGGCAGAGUACCUGGGGAAGACGCAUGCCCUGGUGUACGUGGUUGACUCCUCUGAUAGACGACGUCUCCCACAGGCCAAGGCUGAGCUGCAUCGCCUCCUCAGACUGCACUCACAACUUCCUGUGGUGGUCCUGGGGAACAAACAAGACAAGCCAAACGCAUUGAGUGUGUCGGAGCUCCAUGAAGCCCUGUCUCUGGGGGCGGUGGCUGACAAAAGGAGGCUGUUCCUACUGGCUGCCCAGCUAGGCUCAGAUGGCCUGAUUGUCUCCCGUAAUCUGCAGGCCUUCCAGGACUUGCUCCUACAGCUCGUCUGACGCCCCAGGGCAGGAGUAGUGAAAAGGGGGUUGACCAGGCAGGUGGGAUGGGGAAAGUGGUCCAUUGAUGUGCCCGUGUGGUAAGGACCAGUGGCAAUUGGCCAUGACUGUGUGUGAAUACUUUUGAACUACAGUAGAUCCUUCAGGGCCAUCUGGAAGGCAGGGAGCGAAAAUUGUUUGAUACACAGUCAGGUCCAUAAUUAUUGGCACCCUUGAUAAAGAUGAGCACAAAAGACUGUAUAAAAUAAUAAAUACUUUAUAUUUUAUACUAAUAAAGUUGCUCAAAGAGAUUUUGUUUAACAAGUAAUAAAAAAUACAUUUUUUUCAAAAUAGACAAAAGAUAGGGGACAAAAUUAUUGGCACCCCUGUUUUCAGUACCCUUGCGAGGAUAACGACACUGAGCCUCUUUAAAAAGACUAUGAGAUUGGAGAACACAUUAGGAAGGAUCUUAGACCAUUCCUUCAUAUAGAAUCUUUCCAGAUCCUUGAUAUCCUUAGUUUGCGCUUAUGGACUGCCCUCUUCAAUUCAAAUAAUGCUUCCAUAUGCUUCCCUUUUUCAACGCCAAACCCACCCCUGAUGUGCAUGGCCAAAGAGCUCCAUUUCAAGUCAUCUAUGGUCAGAUCACAUGAAAAUAGAGCUCUUUGGCCACGCAGACCAGAGGUAUGUUUGGCAUUUAAAAACAGAGACAUAUGCAGAAAAGUACCUCAUACCUAAGGUAAAAUAUGGUGGUGGAUUGUUGAUGUUAUGGGGCUAUUUUGCUUCCACUGGUCCUGGAGCCCUUGUAACGCCAGUUAGCAUUGUCUCUCGAAACUACCUUUUAACUUCCUUCAUACUGGACACAGAGACACAAAAAUGCUAUCCAUGAGUUUGGAAAGUAGCGCUCACAAACCAAAAGUGGUCCCUGAAAAUUGCGUACAUACACUAUAUAUACAAAAGUAUGUGGACACCCCUUUAAAUUAGAGGAUUCGGCUAUUUCAGCCACACCCGUUCCUGACAGGUGUUUAAAAUGUUUUGUUAUUAUUAAUAAAAACAUAUGUAAGACAGUUGUAUUGCAAACAUUUUUUUAUACACUGCUCAAAAAAAUAAAGGGAACACUUAAACAACACAAUGUAACUCCAAGUCAAUCACACUUCUGUGAAAUCAAACUGUCCACUUAGGAAGCAACACUGAUUGACAAUAAAUUUCACAUGCUGUGGUGCAAAUGGAAUAGACAAAAGGUGGAAAUUAUAGGCAAUUAGCAAGACACCCCCCAAAACAGGAGUGAUUCUGCAGGUGGUGACCACAGACCACUUCUCAGUUCCUAUGCUUCCUGGCUGAUGUUUUGGUCACUUUUGAAUGCUGACGGUGCUCUCACUCUAGUGGUAGCAUGAGACGGAGUCUACAACCCACACAAGUGGCUCAGGUAGUGCAGUUCAUCCAGGAUGGCACAUCAAUGCGAACUGUGGCAAAAAGGUUUGCUGUGUCUGUCAGCGUAGUGUCCAGAGCAUGCAGGCGCUACCAGGAGACAGGCCAGUACAUCAGGAGACGUGGAGGAGGCCGUAGGAGGGCAACAACCCAGCAGCAGGACCGCUACCUCCGCCUUAGUGCAAGGAGGUGCACUGCCAGAGCCCUGCAAAAUGACUUCCAGCAGGCCACAAAUGUGCAUGUGUCAACAUAUGGUCUCACAAGGAGUCUGAGGAUCUCAUCUCGGUGCCUAAUGGCAGUCAGGCUACCUCUGGCGAGCACAUGGAGGGCUGUGCGGCCCCACAAAGAAAUGCCACCCCACACCAUGACUGACCCAUCGCCAAACCGGUCAUGCUGGAGGAUGUUGCAGGCAGCAGAACGUUCUCCACGGCGUCUCCAGACUCUGUCACGUCUGUCACAUGUGCUCAUGUGCUCAGUGUGAACCUGCUUUCAUCUGUGAAGAGCACAGGGCGCCAGUGGCGAAUUUGCCAAUCUUGGUGUUCUCUGGCAAAUGCCAAACGUCCUGCACGGUGUUGGGCUGUAAGCACAACCCCCACCUGUGGACGUCGGGCCCUCAUACCACCCUCAUGGAGUCUGUUUCUGACCGUUUGAGCAGACACAUGCACAUUUGUGGCCUGCUGGAGGUCAUUUUGCAGGGCGCUGGCAGUGCACCUCCUUGCACAAAGGCGGAGGUAGCGGUCCUA